GUUCACAGUAUCAGUAUGAAUCUGUAUAAGUUGAUGACGAAAAAAAAAUGGAUUGAUUCAUAGAUUUGAAAAGUUACUUAUACAAUGGAUCAUAAAUCAUUUUGUACAUUAUAUGUUUUUCUUUUGGAAUUCUUUAUCAAUUUAUAUCUUUUCUAUACAUUUUAAUUUGUUUUUGGUCGUCGCUUUUUCGUCUAUUUUACAUUUUUACUAAAACUAUUUAGAGCAAGACAAGUAGAACUGAUACAAAAUCACAUUUCUAAUAAAGCAACGAUUUAAAUCUAUUAAAUUUGUUGUUCAGAAUCAAUAUAGAGAUCAAUAUUCAAAAGUUCAUUUUGGAUUAGAAAUAAAAGCAGAAAGUAUGUGAUAUUUUGUGAACGUGAAUGACUCUUAACAAAAAUUCUUGUCAAAUGUGAGGAUUCUAUUGUUUGACAAGAACUUUCCAUAUUAGAAUCAUUCAAGCUUACUAAAAUGCCACAAAUAUUUCCUUUCCUUCGAGCCUAAAAGUAGUUUUAGUAAAAAUAUAAAACACAUUAAUGAGCGACGACCAUACUAUAGUCGGUUAAACUCGGUCGUCGGACGUUAAUUCAAACAAGAAAUAAAUUAAUUAAAAUGUAUAUAAAUAUAGAGUUGAGAAAACUUUUUGAAAAAAUAUAUUUAAAGUUAUAAAAAAUAUUUUGUUAUAAGGAACGAAGGGAUUAAGGUAAAUUCCAUUUGCGAUAAAAUCCUAUCAGAUUUGUAAAUCAAUCCAUUCCAUCUCAUCAAAUUAACUAGAAAGUUUUUGUUAAUAUAUAUAUAAGGGAUAAAGGGUGCAAGUUCUGAUUUUUUCUUCAGUCUUCUCAUGUUAAUUCCAUGGCUGGUCUUAAAGAAGUUUACCGUUUUUUCUAUAUUUAACGUCUUUAUUUCGAAUUAUUUUGUCAUGUAGUAAUAAUGAAUUGUCGAUAAUCACAUUUCUCAUGCCUUAUUGUUGCUCUCUAAUUACGUGCGUAUAUAUGCAUGUAACGCACAUAUAUUUCUCUCUGUGUAUAUAUAAUUACACCAAAGCAACACACGAUCUCAACAAGAUUAGUGGAUCGAUUACUUUCAGAGCUGAGAAACUUAAGACUUAAACUUGUGGAUCAAUUUGCAUAAUCAUCUCUGUAAGUAAAAAGAAUGGAGCAGGAAUUGGAUUUAACACUGAGGUUGGGUCUGCCAAGUCCUGCUAUUGAGACACAUCUGAGCUUAGACACUCCUCCCACCACUAAUCAGGGGAUCAACGUCGACGAUGGCCGCCGAGACAACAACGCCGGUGGUGAGAAUCACGAACGUCACACCGACGUCAAUAUGAGAUAUUACAAUUUAGUCUUCAACCACUUCGCCGGCAUCCGCGAGACCUUGAACUUCACUCCUUUUCCGAUACAACCGCCUCCCUAUUCUUCUCCGGCGCCGACGCCGGCGACUCCUACGAGGAGUGAUUAUGUUCUGAUCGAUGUCCCUGCUAGGAGAGCAGUUCGUAGCGCUUUGGCGACUAGAAACGCUCUGAACGCAAACGCAAACGCGAAACAGCGUCGCGGCUGCGGCGGCUGUUGCGGUGGAAGGAUUGGGUGGAUGAGGAAAUGUACGAACUUGAAUUGCAACGCGAUUGACACUCCUAUGUGGCGGAGGGGUCCUCUUGGUCCCAAGACUUUAUGCAAUGCUUGUGGGAUAAAGUUCAGGAAGGAGGAAGAGAGGAGGUCCAAGAGGAGUUAAUUGGUGAUUUGGUGUUGUAUUUGUAUUUGAUUAAAAAUUAAAAAGAGAGAGAGAAGAUGAUUGUUCAUUAGGAAUGUCUAUGUCUCUGGUCAAGCUUUGUGAGAGGAAAGCUAAACUUUGGAGCUUUAAGAAAAUUCUAUUGAAAUAUCGUUAUUUUAAAAGAGAAA